AGAAGCUCAGCCGCGCCUCCACCCAAUCAGCGCGCAACCUGUUUACGUAUGACGCGUGCUCAUAAAGGCCACGAGCAGCCGACAAAGCAGUAGAAGAGUGGAGGAGAAGAGAAGAGCGCGAGCACACACACAGGCACACACAGAGAGAGACAGACAGGUGGGACCGAGCGAACAGUGGAGAAGGGAACGGAACGGAAUGGAUCGCGCGCACCAGUGGUCUCGGCACUAAGAGACGUACACGCGCACUUAUUGGAUUUAAAUAGUUUUUUUUUUCACUUUUAGCCUCCUCGUGAUCGAUCAUCAAUAGCCCAUCUCAUCCUAUAGCAGCCAUGCGCGUGCCCGUCAGGACUGCCAUCCAUCUGCUCGUGCAGUGCGUUUUCCUCGUGCACUGCGCUCCCGAGACGCAGCUGUGCGUGCCCGUGCGCUUGGACACCGAGCACACCGACUUCUCCUUGUUUGGCACCGCGAGCGCGCACCCGCGUUUUCGCGUAAGCGCGUUCGACCAGGACCUCGUGCUCGAGCUGCACCCGGACUCUUCUUUCAUUGCGCCGGCACUGGUGGAGACGCGCGCUGCGAACGUGAACGCGAACGCGCAGUUGAGCCGGUGCUUUUACGCGGGGAGCGUGAACGCGGACGAGCUCUCGUACGCGGCGGUGAGCUUGUGCGGCGGCAUGCGCGGCGCGUUUGGGUACGGCGGAUGGGAAUACUUCAUAGAGCCCACGCAGGGCGCGGAGGGCGCGCACCUGAUCCGGCGGCGGCGCGCUGACGGAGAGCGGCGGUGCGCGGUGGACGGAGACGCCGGUGGUUCCAGCGCGGCCGUGGCGCGCGCUCUGGGCAAGCUGCAGAAGCGCGCACAGGAGGAGAACCAGGAAGACGAGGACCAGGAGAACGCGACUGCGCAGAAGAGCCGCGCCAAGCGCUUCGCCUCGGUGCCGCGCUACGUGGAGACGCUGGUGGUCGCGGACGAGUCCAUGGCCGACUUCCACGGAGAAGACCUUAAGCACUACGUGCUUACGCUGAUGUCCGUGGCCGCGCGCCUCUACAAGCAUCCGAGCAUCCUCAACCCAAUCAACAUCGCCGUGGUGAAGUUCCUGGUGAUCGGAGACGAAGACAAAGGGCCCAAGGUGACCGGAAACGCGGCCAUGACCCUGCGCAACUUUUGCACCUGGCAGAAGAAGAUGAACAAGAACAGCGACAAGCACCCGGACUACUGGGACACGGCCAUCCUCUUCACUAAGCAGGAUCUGUGUGGGGCCUCCACCUGUGACACUCUGGGCAUGGCAGAUGUCGGCACCAUGUGUGACCCUAAGAGGAGCUGCUCUGUGAUUGAGGACGAUGGUCUGCCAUCCGCGUUCACCACUGCCCAUGAACUCGGACAUGUCUUCAACAUGCCUCAUGAUAACGUGAAGGCCUGCGAGGAUGUGUUUGGAAAACUGCAGGACAAUCACAUGAUGUCUCCAACGCUCAUCCGGAUCAACCGCACCAGCCCCUGGUCUCCAUGCAGCGCGGCCAUCAUCACAGACUUCCUGGACAGUGGGCACGGAGAGUGUUUGCUGGAUCAGCCUCAGAAGCCUCUGGCUUUGCCUGAUGGUCUUCCUGGAGUGUUCUAUGGUCUGGAGAAGCAGUGUGAGCUGGCGUUCGGGACGGGCUCUAAGCCGUGCCCGCUCAUGCAGGCUCCGUGUCAGCGGCUGUGGUGUACGGGCAAGACCCGCGGCCAGCCCGUCUGCCAGACGCGUCACUUCCCCUGGGCGGACGGCACCAGCUGCGGGGAGGGCAUGCUCUGCAUGCGUGGCGUCUGUCUGGAGCAGGGAGAGGUCACCAAAGCAAAGGUGGAUGGAAGGUGGGGUAAAUGGGGGCCGUUCGGGAGCUGUUCCAGGACGUGUGGUGGUGGAGUACAGCUGGCGAAGAGAGAGUGUAAUAACCCAGUGCCAGAAAACGGAGGAAAAUACUGUCAGGGAAUGAGAGUGAAGCACCGCUCCUGCAACCUCAUACCCUGUCCUGAUACAGGGAAGAGCUACCGUGAAGAACAGUGUGAGGCCUUCAAUGGAUUCAGCCUGAACACCAACCGCCUCGCGCUCACAGUAGUGUGGGUUCCCAAGUACUCAGGAGUGUCUCCUAAAGACCAGUGUAAGCUGAUAUGCAGGGCUAAUGGAACCGGCUAUUUCUACGUCCUGGCCCCCAAGGUUGUGGAUGGGACUCCAUGCUCUCCUGACUCCUCAGCGGUCUGCGUCCAGGGCAAGUGCACCAAGGCAGGCUGUGACGGCAAACUGGGCUCCAGCAAGAAGUUCGACAGGUGUGGGGUGUGUGGAGGAGACAACAAAAACUGCAAGAAGAUCUCCGGACUCUUCACAAAACCAGCGCACGGCUACAACUUUGUGGUCCUGCUUCCGGUGGGCGCCGCCAACGUCGACAUCCGCCAGCGCGGCUAUAAGGGCAUAGUGAGCGACGACAACUAUCUAGCCGUGAAGAACAGCCAGAGCAAGUACCUGCUGAACGGAAACUAUGUGGUGUCGGCCAUGGAGAGGGACAUCCUGGUGCGGGGGAGUUUGCUCCGCUACAGUGGCACGGGCGGGCAGUCCGAGACCCUGCAGUCAGUCAAACCACUGGGGGAGGCUCUCACAGUGGAGGUGCUGUCCGUGGGCCAGAUGACCCCUCCACGUAUCCGCUACUCCUUUUACCUGAAGCGGGAUAACAAGGAGGAGAAGUCGCUGAAGAAGGAGGGGAAGGAACGGGCAGAAAACAGUGUCCUCCCUGAGGACGGGAGGAUCAUCAAGAAAGAAGACAACCUCAAGGAAAAAGUCCCAAAAAGUGUUUAUCCCAAAGAGCCACCAUCAUAUGGGAAGUGGGCAGCGGGUGGGUGGGAUGAGUGCUCUGUGACUUGUGGGAACGGCCUCCAGAGGAGGUUGGUGCAGUGCCUGAGGAACGACGAUAAGCCAGGGACGGACUGCGACCCAGCCAAAAGGCCCAACGCCAUGCGGGCUUGCGGGGACCCCUGUCCCAUGUGGGAUGUGGGCGAGUGGUCUCCUUGCUCUAAAAACUGCGGGAAGGGCUUCAAAAGACGCCUUCUUCGCUGCACCUCUCAGACUGGUAUGCUUUUGCCGAGGGAGCACUGCGUGGGCCUGAAGAAGCCACAGGAGCUGGACUUCUGUUCCUUAAAUCUCUGUUAAUGACUCUACCCCCCUAAAGCACCCACUUCCUUGAUCUUGUACCGUGGACUUGUCGCUUUGUCUAAUGAUUUUCGACAAGAUAAAUCAAACGAUCCAGAACUUUGUUUGUUCUGGUGCAUUUUGUUGUUAGUUUUCAAAUUAUUUUUGUAUACCUGCAAAAGGGGAAAGACAUGAUGAAGAAAGACAGGGUUACACACAGUUGCAGACAGUGUUCUACCAAAUUGUUAAACAUUCAUUUGACCCAGCUUAAGCCAAAUGACAAAAGACAUAUCCCAACAAUCUGCCCUGGCUGUGAGGAAGCAAUGGUACAACAUGGAAGCAUAUCCCAGUAUAAUCUAGACAAUCUAAAGUUGCCAGCUGCCAGGUCCGUUGUUUUCAACCUCAUAUGGCUAUACAUAUAUGUAAGAUUUCUCUUUGCCAAAAACAAAAAUCCAGCAUGUUUCUGUGAGCAAGUAAUUGAUUAAUGGCCACAGUGACACCCUUCAAAGCAUAUUUGUCGUAGAGGCCAACCCAAACACUGAUAGUCUCCUGGGUCAAAAAGGAAACAUUCCACAGCUAGAUAGGGAACUAGCACAGAAAAUGCCCUUGUACUGCAUGGAACUGGCUGCAACUGUCCUCUUCGAGUCCUCCUCUGAUGUCAAAGACACAGAGACAUUGGUUAAAAGAGAGAGAGAGAGAAAGAGAGGCUGGUGAGACUUAACUGGGGUCAAGUUAGAAACGAACAGGGUGAAAAGAGAGAUUCACUUGCCUGGGGUACAUGCUCAAGAUCGUACUAGCGCACAAGAACAGCUUAAUAUCAGUUUAAUCAUUCAAAAUGUUUUCCUCGUGACUAUUCUGGAGAAAGAUUUGUUUAAAGAAUGCCUUCAAACUACACAGGUUGUUUUGAUUACAGACGUUUGGCUAAAGACUAACGUUGCUACAGUAUCUCCAGGUUGCAAAAGCUUGAGCCAGGAGUUAACUGUUGGUUCUGGUUCUUUUUUAUUAGGGAAAACGUGAGACCAGUUUAAACUGUGUUACAAUGCCAUGCAUGGGACAUCAUCAGUUCUUGAUUGAGCACACAUUACAGUCAACAUGAAUCCAGUUGGGAAAGUAGAGUGUUUAUGUUACUUAAAUAAGUAGCUAACCAUCUCUUAAUAUAUCAUGAUGAUACAUAUUCACUAGAAACACCCAAUCAACCAAGUGGGGUACCACUUUAACCUUUUGGCAACAUCAUGCCACCCACAUAACAACACCAUUGCUAUUACUUAAAACAUCAUAGAAACCACCUGGGAUACAAUUGCAGCCACUUACCAACACCACAGCAACAACCUAGCAACCACCAAGCAGUGUCCUAGCAAUCACUAAACAGUAUCUGUGUAGUAAUCUCUUUGCAACACCACAAUUUCAUUCUGGGAUGCAAAUGCAACCACCUAGGAACACCAUAGGAACACUAAAGCAAAUGUUUAUUAUGAAUACCCAAUAGAAACAAACUGGAAUACCAAAGCUAUAGACACAACCUAGCAACCUUGUAACAGUCUACCACUAUGUUUAGCCAUGGGACACCAACUAUGGGACACCAUUUCAGCCACCCUGCAUCCAUCUAAUACCUACUACCUAGUAGCUCCACCACAGCAACCAUCUAGGAUACCAUAUCAGCCACCCAGCAAAUUCAUGGCAAAUACCCAGUAUACUCAAUAUCAAUCAGUUAGCGAACAUUUAAACUUCACAAUUCAAUAUCAGUCUGCUAGGAACACUAGCAACCUCACUUGCAACCACUUAGCGACACCAUAGCAGCCCCUUAGCUACCCUAUAGCAACCAGAUAGCAAAAGCAGCCAUGUAGAGCGGCCUCUUCUAAAGUUAAGUUCUUAAGUGUAAUGUGUGCUUGGUUGAGACUCGAUGAAAUGCAAACAAAUGAUUUUGUUUGCUGUGGUGGUUCUGAGGGUGUCAGUGAUGUAUCGUAAAGCUGCACACUUAGCUGAUACCACACAGAGCAUGGAUAUAAACUGAUAGGUUUUUGUGUAUGGGUUCAGUGGAUGUGUGACAGAGGAAGGCUGUUUUCAAAGAUGAGCUCAACCGUUGUUAAGAAGUUGUUAAGAAGUUGUUAAGAAGGACUUUGCUUCCAUAUGAUCUUUAUUUUCCUCAGUUAGCGGUGUACGAGCAUGUUGAGAGCCAUUAUAUUUAAACAUCCGUCUCCUUUCGUACUCUACAGCUCCAUUAACCGCAGUAUUUUGUUGCGCUUAGGUCUGAAAUGUAAUUUCUUGCUUCAGAGACUGUCGGAAGUGGCGAGCUGGAACCGUGGAUGGACCUAUAGGAGACAUAAAACGUUAAAAGCUAAAACAGAGCCAAGAGAAGAAAGUUCUCCUGAGGCUGCUGAUUCUCUCAGUGUUAAACCCUCUCUUUUCCAGACACUUCCACACUUCCAGACACUUAUCCCUCUCAAAAGCAGGCCUAGAGUACCAGACCACCAGACCACCACUUUCCCUUCAUCAGCUGUGCCCCAGAAAACAAGUUCCUCAUCUUGUUUCGUCGCCUAGCUUCUCCUUUCGUCGAUUGUUUACUCAUAUGUAUUUAGUUUCAACCGAGUCGUCCUCCACUCUUUCCAUUGAGCCAGAGGUGCAGCUGCUACGAUCAAGCCCUGUCUGGUACAGUUGCCAUAUUAACUAAGUUAUUAUAACUAUUAGAGCGAUUGUUUAUUUUAUAGAAGUGGCGGCUCAUAAAGCCGGGGCCGGUGCGAUUUCUGCUGCCGACCCGGCGCCGAGCCAUUCUUUGUACACAGUUAAGUGUAAAUUCCUGUAAUGCAUCAUACAGCAAAACAUAUACGCGCGAGGUUCUUCAGAGCAACCAUAUCGUCCAUCUAAAAGAUGGUUCCUGUAUUACUUGGAAUGUUCUUGUUUGUUCUGUUGUUCUGUUUCCGAUGUGUUUAUUGUUAUUGUUUCGUCUCGUUCUUCUUUUGCGCUUUAGUACGGCAAAAGAUUUCAACGUCCUGCAUGGGCUGCCCUGUAUACCAUGUAUACAUCCAUCUGGCUGUGCACAAAUAAGUCAUGUAAAUACCUUUUUAAGUCUUUAAUUGUUUUAUAUGUAUAUGUUUUUUAACGCUGGCAUUUUGAAUUGUCAUGACUUCAAAGGUAUUUAUUCCAAAUAAAACAUGUUACAAACGAA